AAGAAACCCUUCCAGUUUUAGAGCUAAAUCUGUAAUCCUAUAAUACCAGGGAUACAGUGGGUCUGGAAAGCUCUUUACCCUCAAGGUUCUGUUUCAAGUCUUCUCUGAGAUGUAGCUAUAGAAAAAGUUAAAGACCUGCUUCUCACCUUGGGGUCUGGGGACUUAUUUCAGGUGAACAUCAACAAUGCAGCCAUGUGGCCCAGAGCCUGGAACCUUCUGGGAAUUUUUCUGUUCUUCCAGUUCUCUAACGGCAAGUAGUUUGGGGAUUUGGUGGAAGGGGGACAGUGUCAUGACUAUUGUCUAUGAGCUAGGAUGGAAACCUAUUAUGCUAAUUAUCUAAAGAAAAAAGUCAGCAGAGUUCUCAAAGAUUUUAAGAACACAGACAAACCUGACCUGAAAAGAAACAAGUAUUUAUUAAAUAGCUAUGUGCCAGGUUCAAAGGAAGGUAAAAAAAAAAAACAGCCCCAGCUGUCAAGGAGCUUACAGUCUAAUGAAGGAAGACAACUUGCAAACAAUUCUUAUGGGAGAAAUAUCUCUUCUCUGGGUUUGUGUAGUAGAUAGUUACUGCUAAAAUAUAUUUACAGAAAUUAUAGAAAUAGAAAAACCCUAGAUUUUAUUAUUAUGCUCAAGCAUAGGUUCAGAUCUCAGAGAAAAUCUAUACAAUCAUUAGAAUUCUACCAAUCGGGGCAGCUAGUUGAUGUAGUGGAUAGAGCACUAGCCCUGAAGUCAGGAGGACCUGAGUUCAAAUCUGGCCUCAGACACUUAACACUUCCUAGCUGUAUGACCCUGGGCAAAUCACUUAAACCCCAAUUGCCUCAGUGAAAGGAAGGAAGGAAGGAAGGAAGGAAGGAAGGAAGGAAGGAAGGAAGGAAGGAAGGAAGGAAGGAAGGAAGGAAGGAAGGAAGGAAGGAAGGAAGGAAGGAAGGAAGGAAGGAAGGAAGAAAAGAAGAAAAAAGAGAGAAAGAAAGAAACCCAACCAAUGUCAUACCAUUCCCAGAGAGAUCAAAUAAUUUGAUCAAGGUCACAUCAUUAAUAAUUUUCAGAGUCAGGAUUAGAAUAUAGGUCCUCUGAACCCCAAUGGAAUGCUCUAUCACAAAAGAGACAACACCCUCAUUGCUCUGCUAUUGACUUGUCCUUUUCCCCAUCUUUUAGGUCUUCAAGACUGUGGAGACAUCCAAGUGUCGGCUUCUGUCAUCCACCUGGGUGCCUCUGUCACAGCUUCUUGUACCAUCAAUCCUAACUGCAUGAUACCAGCUGGCACAGCCACAAGAAUUGUGUGGAAGCUGGACUGGGAGAAGUUGCCUGACAGUUGGCAACAUCAGAGGGAAGAUGGAAUUCUGCAAUCCAACAUUACCCUUCCCCACUUCAACCAUACCCGCGCCAUGCUCUCCUGUUGCCUGCUUUGGAAAGAGACUCUUCAGAUCGUAGAACAGGCAGAGCUGAAGGCUGGCUAUCCCCCUCAGCCACCCAGCAACCUCUCCUGUGUCAUGAACCACACAGCCCAGGUUCUCACCUGUGAGUGGAAAUCUGGUCCCAGCACAUAUCUGCCCACCAACUUCACUCUGAAGAGCUACAAUUCCAGGAGCAAUGAUAACUGCAAGUUUAGGAAAGAACCCAUCCAAGACUGUGUCUCCAAAGAUGGUGAGAGCCAGUGCUCCAUCCCCCGAAACCGGCUUCUCUUGUACCAGAAGGUAGACAUUUGGGUGAAGGCAGAGAAUGUGCUCGGAGAAGCUGAGUCUUCCCACUUGUGUAUCAACCCCAUAGAAGUGGUAAAACUAGACCCCCCAAUACUCCAAGCUGCUAAGAUCAGCCCCGACCCAGACUCCUCCCUUCGCCAGCCUGGAUGCCUCCGGCUAAAGUGGAAGAAGGCCAGGAUGAGCAAUCAUAUGGAGCAAAUGUGUGAGCUUCAGUACCAGCGUCCUGGGGAGCUGACCUGGGUCCUGGUGUCACCCUUCUUAACUUCAAGUACUCAACAUGAGGGAGAUAAAGAUCUCUGUGGUCUCCUCUCGGCCACUCGCUAUGUCCUGCAACUGCGGUGUAUCCGUUGGCCCAUGGGUGGUCACUGGAGUGACUGGAGCCGCAGCCUGGAUCUCACUACCAAGGAGAGGCGUCCCAGGGUCAGAUUUGAUGUGUGGUGGAGGCGACGAGUACAGAAACUAAACCAUACAAUGAUGGACAUCCAACUUUUCUGGAAGCCAGUGCUCACAGAGGAAAAUGACAACAGAGUCCAAGGCUACCUGGUCUUCCCAAGUCCUCUAAGACAAGAUGGGGAGUCCCAGCCCCUCUGCAACACCACAGAGCUGAGCUGUGCCUUCCAGCUGCCAGAGAGAGACAAAGAAGUCAUCCUCACCGCCUACAACAUAGCUGGAGAAUCUUCCCCUACCAUCGUCACUUUCUGGGAAUCCCAAGGUACCUCUCUGUCCAGCAUCCACACUUCCGCCCCAGAUGCUCACAGCCUCUGGGUAGGAUGGGAUCACCCUCCAGGGCAGCCCCUCCCCAAGGCUUAUGUGAUAGAAUGGUGCCUGGCUCCAGCCCACCAAGAGGAUGACUGUAACGGCAACUGGAAGAUCGAGUCCAACGGGAGCAGCACUGGGACCCUGCUGGACGAGAACAUCAUGCCCUUCCAGCUGUACAAGAUCACUGUGUCCCCCCUGUACGACGGUACCAGAGGGCAUCCCCAGCACAUCUAUGCUUACUCCCGAGAAAAGGCUCUAUUCCAUGCCCCAAAGCUGAAGCUGAAGCAUAUUGGAAGGACCUGGGCAGAACUGGAAUGGGAGCCUGGGACCCCAGAGCUGGGAAAAAGCCCCAUCACCCAAUACACUGUCUUCUGGACCAAUACUCAGGAUAAGGGAUUCUCUGUCAUCUUAAAUGCCUCGUCUCGAAGAUGCAUCCUCCGUGGCCUAGAACCCAGCACCAUGUACCAUGUCCAUCUCAUGGCUUCCAACCGAGCCGGAGGCAUUAACAGCACAGACCUCACAGUGGUGACCAUAGCCCUCGAGGAGAAAGAUAUCAACGUGCUCUUGAUCCUGAUCAGCUUCUUCUCUGUGUUGGUGUUCUGUGUUAUUAUUACACUUGUCUGCCUCCAUAAGAACCACAAGAUGAAGAAUCAAUUCUGGCCAAAUGUUCCAGACCCAGCCCACAGCAGUCUGGGCCAGUGGAUCCCCACAAUCCUUCAUGGGGAGACCAUUCAUCUGUCAAGCCUGAGGGACCCUGCCAUGCCCCCUGUCUCCAAGAUCAUAGUCCUGAAGGAGGAGGAGAAGAAGUUGCCAGCACAAACAAUGGGGACAGAUGAAGAAGUCAAGAACCUCCCCCACCUGGUCCAGGCUUACAUUCUCCAAGGGGAUCCCUUCCUGCCAGAGCCUCAGCUCAGCUCCAAUGAUCCCAUCCAAUAUGGGAAGGUGAUGGGACACCAAGGGUACCAGCGUCAGCACAGAUCACCUGCUGGACUCUACCUGCGCUCGGAUUCCACACAGCCCCUUCUGGCUGACCUCACCCCAAGUCCCAAACUCUAUGAGAACAUGUGGUUCCAGAAAAGUCCCCCUGGGUCUAGAGUUCCCAGCUCUCACAGCUUCCCAGAAGAAGACAGUGAUGAUUCCACCUUCCUUUCCUACUGCCCACAGGGACCACUCCUCGAUUUUCCCCUUAUGCAAGGUCUGAAGAUUGAAGGAGCUGAAGGACUGGGUGGCAUUUAGAAUCUCUUAUGGACUCCCAUCUCAACCUUCUUCCAUGCUGUAGGAUGUACAGGGCAGAAAGCAUCCCAGUUUCCCAUUGUUCUCAAAACUAUACAGGAAAUUUUGGUUGCCCUAAUGGGGAAGAUAGCUCAGGACUUCUCCAGCUGAGUAUAGUGAGAGUCUUUUCUGCACAGUGGGGGAACUGGGGAAGAAUCACUAAAAGUACCUAGAACCCAGCCAUUUCCAAAAUGAUUGCCCUAUCCUCCAGCUCCUCCCCUUGUCCAAAAAGAUAUUCUUUGCCCCAGAGUGGUCUGGCCCUAGCUGUUCUACCUACAGAUUUCCCCAUUUGCAUCAUGUCUGUUCUGCAGGUUCAUAUCCUGACAAGAAAUAACUGUGUAUAUUUCCUAAAAUCAAAGAAUAUUGCCCUUAUCCCUUUUUGUACCUGCCAUAUGUUUGCCAAAUGGACAAUAUUUUAAACUGAUUCUUUCAGAUUCUAA